CUCGCGAGACUAUCUGUGUUGUGGAACAGCUGACUUUACGGUGGAUAAUAAAGUGACUGGUUGUUGCGAGUAGUUUGACUUGAUAGCAAAACAAUAGCUUUACAAAUCUUUGAAUUUUAGUACUGUGAAGGCACCGAUAAUCAUUUCCACCGCAACAUGGCUGAGACGGACCCCAAGUCGGUGCAGGACCUUACUAAUGUGGUCCAGACACUGCUGCAGCAGAUGCAGGACAAGUUCCAGACCAUGUCAGACCAGAUCAUCGGGAGGAUUGAUGAGAUGAGCACGCGCAUCGAUGACUUGGAGAAAAACAUCGCUGAUCUGAUGACACAGGCCGGUGUUGAAGAGGUAGAAGCAAUACCGGAGAAGCCUAAAGAGGGACAAGGAUCAUAAUGAAGGUCCCUGAUGAAGGUGUAAAGUCGACCUGUGUUCAGGAGCAGCAGACUUUGUCACUGAAAAUGACUUGUUGACUUGGUGUGUUGUGUGAAAUGCUUUUUUAUAUAUUGAAUAUUGUGAAACGGUUACAGUUAUGUAAUGACUUGAAAAGUAGAACGUUAUUUGUAAGGUAGAGUAGUGCAACAUGCAGGAAUCGAGCUUCAUGGAAAUGAUGCACCAACUUGGAGGUUAUUUAGCUGCCAUUAUUUACAUUUCUCAAAGUAAGCUAAUCCCUUGAGGUGAUGGCACAGGUUUUGUCCCAGUCUGUACUAAGUAAAACCCACAGGCUAACAGGCCAGUAGAACCUCCGCACCAACAUCACCGUGGACACUUGUUGCUUGCAGUGUUGGAUAAGAAGCACUCACUCGUAGUACUGAGGUGCGGGAUGCAUUCCACUUCUGAUAUUCUUCUAUUAAAGUUAUUUAAUACACUUCUGUUUGUCAUCUAUGACAACUCUUUGACCAGGUGCUGAAUAAUUUCAAAAACAAGCAUACAACCAUUUUUUUUUAAUAAUCUAAGAUUGCAUUAUGACGCAACAGUAUCUAUCUGGAAUAUCUCAAGUGUUGCAUGUCUUUUGUUCUAUACUGCAUGUAAUGUGUUGAGAUUAUUUUAGUUUAGACCUGAGGAAUAAGCUGAGAGAAAUUUGGGCAUUUAUCUUGUCUGUCUAUAUAAACCUAGACGAAAUUAUCCAUGUGCAGCAAGGCUUCUCUACAGCACCGUUCUCCCUGCAUAGUUAGGAACCUUUAUUCAGUUAAAUGCAAACAAAAGUACAAACAGAACCACCAACAGCAAUCUUUCAAAUCGAGUGCCAAAAGCAUGAAAAGAAAUUAACAUUUAUACAAAGCUUGAUCAUGUUACACGAUGUCAGUGAUCUAUGAAAACCCCAGAAAUGCCACAUUAAACUUCUGUACUUUAUGUAA